AUGCUGAGCGGAAUGUGCCCGCUCUCGCUAAGCUACCUUCUCCGUUUCGCGCUGCCUGGGCGCGAUAUGCCGCUGGGUCGGUUGUUGCGAUGUCUGUCCUGGCGGGCUCCGGUGCCGGCCUUGGCUGUUGCGGUCUCUGUGGGAUGCUGCGCCCGCCCGCCACUUGACUGGAGGCCGUCACGCCCUCGCCGUCCUCGUGGAUCUUCUUGUGCCUUGCCUCUGCUUGCACGGGUUUGUGUACGGGUGCCUCUUUACCUGAACCUGCCUGUGUGUUUGUGGGCGGCGCCUACUGGAGGCGCACCGCUGCCUGGUCCUGCCAGUUUGGAAGUCACAGGCGCAGUCGACGCACUGUCACCUGCCGCUGCCACUCCUGGCCCUGAAGAUCCCUCUGUGGCCGUUGCUGGGGCUGGUGAUGCUUCCCCUUCUGAUGGGCCAGUUGCGUCUGCUCCCUCACCUGUGGUGCACUGCCUUGUCUUUGCUGAAGGCUUUCGCACGGAGCAUGCCAUUUUGGAAGGAGACCCUCCGGGUACGGUUGACCAGCUCCUUGCUCAGGUUGCUUCUCGGUCUGCUCGCCUGCAACAGCUUGCCCCCGCUGAGGUUCUUCCAACCUCCCCGCAAUUGGGUGUCGGCUAUGCCAGCCUCGUCCUCGUGCCCACCUGGAUACCAGUCGCCUCCAAAUGCGUCGUUGUGCUGGAUAUGUCGCUGCUGCACGGCCCAACGUAUGCCAAGAUCUUUUUCGAUCUUCUGUCUUAUAGGGAUUUGGAGCGGGAGGUCGCUGUGCACUUUGACGGGCUUUGGCAUGUGUACGCCCCCAACGAGCUCUUCCCCCUGCAGGCCGGUGGCUCUGUGCAGGCCACGUCUGGGGAUGUGUUUGUUUUUAUCCCGCGUGACAUGAUGGCCCCUCGGGAGCCUCCUCUGGGAGACUUGGUUUGCCGCCCCGAGCUGUGGGAACGAGAGCCCCAAAACUUGCACCUUGAAGCCCCGACCUCCUACUGGCUUGUCCUGUGUUCGCAGUCCACAAGGAUUAUCCGCUACGAGGGUCCCUGGAACCUUGAGCUGCAAGCGCUCAUUGCGGAGCGUAUGAACUGCACACUCGACACAGUGUGCUUUAGCAGACCUGCCCUUGGCAGCAGCCUCUCGGAAGUUGUUCACCAGGGGCUGCUCUUCGAGCGGAUCGCUGCCGCGGACUUCCGGGGUUCUUCAUAUUUCUUGAUGGGCGUCAGGUCGAUCCUGGGCGGCCUGUCCCAGCCUCACAUCUCACUGCUGCUGUCGAUGAAGCGCGCGUUCAAGUUCCGGUCGGAUGCCCUUGUCCUUACGCCAGGGGUCGCCCCUGCGACAUUUUCCUUGCCGUUGCUGCUCCCCUGCACUCCUCAGCGUGCGUGUGAAGCGCUUGAUGCUGUCCGCCAGGACAGUCUUCAGGACACAUACUCACACCUCAUUGUUGCGUCCCCUCAGCCGGACGAACACUUCGCAACACUCAUUGCGGUGCCUAAGUGGGCCACAGGUUGCUGCGUUGUGGUGGUUGACUCCAGGGAGUUAGACGGUCGUCUUUUCAGUGUCCGGGUUGAUCCCGAUCUCAUGCCGGGAUCCCUCCUUACUCAGAUUGGAUUGCGUCCUGAUGUUGGACUCCGCCUCAUGCACAGGGGUUCCAUCCAAGAUGCCAACUGCCGCCUCGCGCUCCGCAAGGGGAGGCUGGAUGGUUGGGUUCAGCCUCUCGUCGCGCCUUCGGGCCCUCUGCAGCAUGCGUUCUGCUUUCUUACGGAUGCGUGGGAGGUCACCAUUCACCAUGCAGUCUUGGUGGAUGUCCCCUUACACCUCUUUGGCUCAGGAGCGGAUUUUCGACAUUUUGCUACGGCCUUCCUGCGUGGCGACGUCGAUCGCACAUCUGUGUUCAGACCGUUUCCGCGCAUCGCGGACCUUUGUGUGCUGGGCCAGUCUUGCAAGGAGGUUGUCAUUGUGACCGAAGCCCUACCGCGGUUGCCGUGCCCACCUGCAUGGCCUUUACCCCGCCAGGUGCCUUACAUCCUCGACCUCCGCCCAUUGCUUCGCCCGAUCGUCUGGAGGUGUGCCUUGAAUGGCGAUAUUGAUUUCGACGCACUGCUUGCCGAAUUUGGCCCGGCUCCUUCUGGCUUCUACCUGAGUGCGGAAGGAGGCAGCUCCCGAUGCGUAGAUGGGAAGGCUAUUAUUCAGUUGCUCCCUGGGCAGGUUGUGCAGCUCGAAUUUUGCGACGACUUGUUGGGUGAGCCACCGGAGGAUGAACAGGAGGGUUCACCUCCCGAUAGUUCUGGGGAUGAGGAUAGUAGUGAUUCGGAAUCGGAUGGGGAUGAUGCCGACAACCCCCCUGAUCCUGCCCCCGGAUCCCGCAACCGCUCCCGCAGUCGCUUGCGCAACCGUAAGGCUCCUGUGUCUCGGGCAGGUGGAGUACUCACUGCCGGGCUCGUCCUAAGUUCGCACACACUUGGGGUCGAUGCUGCUGCGCGUGUUGGUGUGCCUGAUGGCCGGGCCAGGUUUCCCUCUGUCUUUGACAACCGCUUCCUCCCUUCCCGCCGUGGUUGGGAUUGCGCCUUUCCUGCCGCUGGGGGUUUCACGCCUCUGCCCUUGCUUUGUCCAAGUGGUCUCGCCGCUACGUGGGUCGCAGCUUUGAUUUGGAUGGCCGUUCUUGCAGGCCGGCUGCUGCAUACGUUUAGCGUUGACGGGAUCGCCGUGUCAUUGCCGCACUACGAGAUGCUGCUAAUGUCCUUGGAGGUUGUCUGGGUCUGCUUCACGGUACUAACCCCUGGCUACAUGCCCGACUCCCGCAUGGUUCGGCUGCGCAUGCCUGCCACCUUUGCUGAGGCAGCCACAGCAGUCCGAGAAUCUCGUGGGCCCGAGGAUAGGGACACUUUUCCCCAUGUCGUCGAUGCCUCGCCUCAACCCAUCACUGGACAUGGCGUUUUUGUGUGCUGCCCUCACUGGCAAGGCGUCGCCUUGGUUGCGUGCCUUGACUUGCUGCAGAUAGAUGGGCGUGUUUUCGCGGCCAGGAUCCCACAUUACUGUGACCGCUAUGUGCUGCUCCGUGCUGCCUCUCUUGAGGCUUCCGCACCUGUCGACAUUUACGUCGGUUACGCUGAGGAGCCGCUGCCCGACGGAGUUGAUCUCCACAUGUUCCCAGGGGAGACAGUUCGCUUUGUCCUACGCGGAAGAAUGCCUGAUGCGGCCAUUUCGUUGGCGCAAAUGCUUGCUGACCCUCCAUUGUGGCGGGGUCAUCCUCCAUUGCCGAUUAUUGCUCCGGAUGGCCUCUAUUGUGUUGUUUCUGAUCGUGGAAGCCACCCCGUCCGAGUUGACCAAACCAGGCCGCUCUCUUUUAGACAGACCCUGGCUGAGCAUGUCCAAGUUGUUCCUUCCCAGCUGCGCCUGUUCCCGUCCACCCCCCGUGUGCCUAACAUGGCUAUUGCAGGCCGUGUUUGCCGCACUGUCACUGCUGCGGCCGCUGACACGAGCCUCAGACAUCCUGGGACCUGGCAUCUUGCCCUCCUUGACGGGCGGAUCAUUGGUGAGGACUGGACACUCCUUCAGGUAGUCGAUGGGCUUAUCUCUGGCCGUGAUCUACUCGAUGACUUGCGGCAGACUACGCCUGCUGGAUGGCUGCCAACGGUCAAUGCUGACUUUGACCUUGACCCGCACGGUUUCCUUAGUUUAGGCCCUGGGCAGGUUGUAGUGGUUGACUACUAUCGGGAUGUGCCUGCAGACCAGCCGCAGGGCUUUGGUGCAUCCUUCGCUGUCUAUGUCCCCGACAGACUCCCGUUUAGCAUUGAUGUGGUUUUGCGGCCUGGGCUGUCUCUUCGGGAGGCGUUAGCUCACGUCAACGCUUGCCGUAGCGCUCCCGACAGAGCGCUAUUCCCGGGCCUCCUUGCACUUUGCUUUGGCUGCAUCUGCCUGCAGUUCCUUUGUGUUCGCCGCCGCUUUGUCGGCUGGGCCGUGGGCCUGAUACUCUGCUGGUCUCUCCUUCCAGGUGUCGCAGCUGGGCGUACCCCCGUCGCUGAGGUCGGAUGCCCAGGUUCAUGUGUUAGACCCCUGCCGACGCCCUGUCGUGGCGUACGCUGUGCGUCGGGUGCCCCCCAGCAAGGAAGCGGCGGGUUAGUCACUCUCCUGGAGGAGGCCCGGCGGCACCCUGAUUUUCGCGCCUUUCUGGAUGCGCGUGCCCUGCUCCAGACAUUAGUCGAGCACUUUGCGACUCGGUCCCCACGCCGCUCAAAUGCUGCGCCUGGGGCCCCUUCAGAUUCGGAGAUUGCUGUACCCAGCGCGCCGGUCUGCUUCGACUUGGACGAGGAUGACGCCCCUCUGCAACUUUCUUUGUGUGAGGUGGUCCCCCCUCCCGCUGCAGCUGUGUGCGUCCCCCGCUUCGACCUGACGCUGGGCACCUGUGUUACUCCCCUCACGAACGCUAUGUUGGCCGACCUCUGCCGGUUCGUUCCGCUGGGGUGGGGCCUUGUUAUCUCUGCGCUCACACCCGAGUGGGAGGUCAGCUCCUAUGCGUCCGAGCUGGCUGGCCUUUUUGGGCGCUUCUGGGCGUGUCCACAACCCUUCUCGCUCAGCCUCGCCGACUGGUUUAGAGGUUCUGGGGAGGCCUUUCGAUGGGUCCCUCAUGCGUGCUGGAGCCGCCUCUACCCCGGACAGGGGCCCUAUUUGACGGAUGGGGUAAUCCGUUGGGGUGAUGCUGAGCCGCCGUCGCUUCUGACUGGGGCUGAAGUCAUGGAACCUUUUCUGCGUGCGGCACCAUGUACUGACCCUCCCGUUCCGUCUGGGUCUGCACGUGGGAAGCCUGCUGCCUUUGAGUGUGUCAUCGUUAGCUUUAAUGCUCUGUCGCUCGUAGCGCCUGGCGGCGGCGAGGCCCAUGGCGGGGUCUCGGGACUACACGGCGCGACAGGCCGCAUUGCGCUCCUUGAUGGGACCUUGGCAGCACAGCAUGCCUUCUUAGUUGGGCUGCAGGAAGCCGUCGUGCUCCAUGCUGACCACACCCGCCUGUGUGUGCGUCUAGCCUUCUCUGCCACGCAGGUUUGUGUUUUUGUCAUGCACGCACCGCAUUGUGGUCACGGCUUUAAGUCCCGACGCGAGUGGUGGCUAUCCACUGAAGCCAUCUGUGCCAAGGUCGGGUUCUCAGAGCCGUGGGUCUUCAUGGCAGACGCCAACUGUCGAGUUGGGGAUUUGACAAGCCCAUACAUCGGGCCACUCCACGCAGACGCCCAUGAUGAUGUGGGCGAGCUCUUCCAUGCACUUCUUCGAAAGUGUGAUGUAUGGUUGCCCUCCACUUUCAGCGAGUGCUUCUCAGGGCAUGGGGGCACCUUGAUGCAGAAGCGGUCUGGUGCAUUCGCUCGCAACGAUUUUGUAGGCCUCCCCAUGUUGUGGAGGCAGUCCGGCGUCACUGGACGAGUGGAGCCUACGAUCUCCGCGGGACAUGUCAUUGUUGAUCACCUGGCUGUCCUUGCCUCUUGUUCUUUGCGUUUGGUUUCUCCCCCUUGUCGUGCUGGGGGCAAGCGCAUUGAUGCUGCGGCGUUGCUCAAUCCGGAGAACUCGGAUAAGGUUCGGCAGGUACUCCUGUCCGUGCCGCCGGUGCCGUGGGACACCAAUAUCAACGACCACGCAGCUGUGCUGGUCGACUCUCUCUAUGUGGGGCUUGUCGACAAAUGGCCGCUCGGCGCAUGCGCAAGCACUACCUUACCGAGGCCACGGCAGAGGCGCAUCGGCACACUGGCGUUCUCCGGCAUGCCCUGCGAUGGCGAAUUGCGUGGUUUUGCGGGCGGUGGCUUCAUCAGUUACGACUGGGAUGCCGACAAGACCGCACUGCAUAUUUUUCUGAACUUGCGGCAACUGCUGAGAAUGCGGUUGCUACCGAAUGGCGGAGACACUUCGCCGAGCUCGAAAGUGGGGCUUCUGAGGUACCCUCCUUUGCUGAUCUUGUUGGCGCGCUGCGCCGCACGCAGCCACACCGUGCUUGUGGACCGGACCUCCUCCCUCCUGCGCUGUGUGCCCGCUUUGCGGUUCCGGUUGCUGGGUUGUUGUGGCCUCUGCUUCUCAAAGGAGCGAGGUUCCACGUUGGCGGCGGCCCAACGGGGUAUUCUUCUGCAACCCGUACUGGGCAAAGCCCUGCACCGGGCUUUCCGGCAGCUCCCCGCGGAGCGAUUUGAGGCUUGCGCGGCGCCUCUCCAAAUAGGAGGCCGUCGUGGGCUCUCGUACGAACUUGGCCACUUUAUGUCCCGCAAUUUCCUUCACGCCGCUCGACAUCACAAUUUGUCAGCUGCUCUUGUGUUUUCUGACCUCGCUGCAGCUUACUACACAGUGGUGCGUGAAGUCGUGGUCGGCGCCGGUGCCGACUCUGACCCACUGCAACGCGUGGCCUCCACGCUGAAGCUGCCGCCUGAGGAUCUGCAACAGGUGAUUGCCUAUGCCACGUCUGAUCCAGUCCUGCAGCCCUCGGACGGCACGUCACUUCUCCAUGCUCUUAUGGCUGAAGUGCACAGCGAUACGUGGUUUCAUCUCUCAGGGGAUCCCACACUAGUGCGGACUUCCCGGGGCACCCGCCCUGGCAGUAGUAUUGCAGAUGUGGCAUUUAACCUCCUCUUCCAGAAAGUCCUGGAAAAGCGCUCGCCUGCCGCCGAAAAGCAUCUCCCCUCGUUCAUGUGGUCUGGCCGCCGUGAGCUCACACAGGCCAUGCCUGCCCACUCUGGUUCGGUUAAAGUAGAUGUCGGGGAUAUAGUCUACGCCGAUGAUCAUGCUGCCUGCGUGACGUCGGCGGAUGCGCCGGGUUUGAGCAGAGCCGUCGCUUGUGUGCUGGGAAGCUCUCUUGAUGCUGUUGCGGCGCACGGUUUGAGUGCCAACUUCGGAGCGUGGUCCUCCCUAGACCAUUGUGUGACUGCCAUCCACCGCCAGAUGCUUCGGAUCCGGGCUGGGCAGGAUCAGCACUGGACGCACGACGAGGUUUUUGCCGCGUGUGACGCCUCUGAUGCAGCUGACCUGCUGGCCCUUGAGAGGCUUCGCUUUCUGGGACGGCUGCUUCGCCAUGGCCCUGACGCCGCGUGGGCCCUACUCCAGAACAGUCCUCCCGCACUUGAGGCCUUCCACAGCGCCCUCGAUUGGUUUUAUGCCGCCAUCCACCUGACUUGCCCUCUUCAUCCCUUUCGUACUCAUUGGGAAGAUUGGCACGAGGUGAUCCGAUGGCGCCCCAAGUUGUGGCAGGGCUGGCUCAAACGGGCCGCGCUUUGGCACAGAGGUGCGCGCGCCUUGCGCGCAAGCUGGUCCCGUUUUGUACGUACUGCUUGGUGUGCUCGCCCGCUUGAAGUUGAGGACAACGCCAAUGGGCAACAUGGUUGCCUGCAGUGCUGCCUUUCCUUUGAGAAUGCUCAGGCAUGGGCAUCUCAUGCCCACCUUAAGCAUGGCUACAGAACGAAGCAGUAUCGGUUUGCCAGGGGUCUUAGGUGUCAGGCUUGUGGGACGGUCUUCUCUAGUGUUAAGCGGCAUCGCCUUCACCUUGGUCACUCCCGGAUCUGCCUCCAAGCUGUGGAAUCUGGAUCCUCCGACCUCCUGCCAUGUGUGUUAGGUGACGAGGGGCACCUGCAGUGCCGUGCUCGGGCUGGGCGCGGGACUGCCCAUCUGCCCCCUCUCUUCCCAGAGGUCGCCCCCGAUCUGCUUCGGCGCCUCCGUGAGCUCGAGGAUUCCACGGACGAAGGAAUCUUUGAUGUUGUGAGAGAUGCUGUGGAGCCUUUCGCGGUUUUGCGGCGCACGCUGGAAGCCUGGGUCGGGGAAUUGCCUGCCGGCACCUUGCGUGAGGCCGCGAGUGAUGUGCUCUUGUGCUUCACUGUUGAUCUGCUGUGCACCUCUGCUGCACACCCCGGUGCGCACAAGCAGCAUGCCCGGUUGGAUCCUCUCGUGUUGCCGCUGGCAUGGCAGCCGCGACCUGCGGGCCUUCCUGGGCUCCUGUCAGGGCGAUCCAGUGUGUUUGCUGCCUCUGUUACUGGAGUGCACCCGGAGGUUGGCGCUCUUACGCGUUCCUUUCGCCGCCGCCUGCCUGCUUGGAUUUUGCGGGCGCGGUGA